AUGGCUUCGUCCACGACGGGUAGUGUGUCUUCUCACGCUACCAACACCACCAGCAAAGCACCCCGCAUACUUGCCUGUGUGCUGUGCCAGCAUCGCAAGAUCAAGUGCGACCGGCACUUCCCAUGUGCCAAUUGCGUAAAGGCCAACGUCACCUGUACCCCCAGUACCCCGGCUCCAGCGCGCAAGAGAAGGCGACCGAACCAAGAUUUACAAGAGCGCCUUGCGCGAUGUGAAGAGUUGUUGAAGGAAUACGCAACUGCGAAACCUGAGACCCCGCCAUCCCCCAAGCCGCUCCAAAUCCCAGUCUUCGAGGACCCAUAUCUCAAAUGGAAUCCUGCGGGGAAGCUUGUCGUCGAGGACGGCUCAACCCGCUUCAUGGACUCAUUCAUUCUUGGAACUAUUUAUGAUGAAUUGAAGGCUAUGCGAGAGAUUAUCGAUGAUGACAAUGAUGACGAGCCAAGCUCAGACUACAUGACGCCGGAUGACAAUUCCGACUUGAUUAUGGGAGGAGAUUCGCCAGAAACUAAUGUGGACGACCUACAACCCGAUCCUGGUCACAUCUUCCGUCUUUGGCAAAUCUAUCUUGAUAGGGUGAACCCCUUAACCAAGAUUAUCCACGUGCCUACUCUUCAACCGUACUUUGUCGAAGCUACGAGUGGCACCCAGAGGUUACCCAAGAAUGUUGAGGCUCUUCUCUUCUCUAUUUACACUCUUGCCACCGUAGCCUUGUCCCCAGAAGAGUGCCAAGAAAUGCUGGGCUAUUCGAGAGAAAAGGCUCUUCACAGGUUUUCUACGGGCGUACGGCUCUCUCUAAUCCGUAUAGGAUUUCUGAAAUCGCACGAUCUUUUCACGCUCCAGGCAUUGGUGAUCUACCUGAUCUCUUUACAGGGGCGCUACAAUCGCCAUGCAGCGUGGAUUCUGAAUGGUAUUGUUAUCCGUGUUGCUCAGAAGAUGGGUCUCCAUCGCGACGGGGAGCUCCUUGGUCUAUCGCCUUUCGAGACCGAGAUGAGGAGGCGGCUCUGGUGGCAGAUCAUUAUGGUUGAUGCCAAGUAUGCGAUGCUUUCUGGCCUAAGCCACUCACUUCUACCGCGCAGCUGGGAUACGAAGGAACCCAAGAAUAUCAAUGAUGUCGAUCUAUAUCCUUCUGCAACAGAAUCCAUCGUCGACCGGGAGGGACCCACGGAAAUGAUUCUCGUCAUGCUGACCUACAAGGUCGCCAAGUUCUUAGUCCAGAGCCCUGGUCUCGAGGCUCUGCUCCUCAUGAAUGAACUUGAAGCUUUGAAGGGUACAGACGGAGAACACAACGAGCGCAUUCAGGAAUACCGGCGUAUCAUCCAAGGCCUCGCGGCGGAGCUCGAUGCUUUACUCGAUCAGUAUUGCGAUCCGUCCGCGGGUGCUCUCCACGCCAUGGCUAAGCAAAUGAGGCAUCACAUUAUCGACAAGCUCCUAGAACUGGUCGCUCCGGCGGGCCAACAUAUGGAUUGGCACGACGAGGUCAACUCGCACAAGGACAACGCAUUUAGGAUUGCUGUGAAUUCUGUUGAGCACGGCGUUGAUCAGUACAAAUCGGCACACCACCCGGGAUUCGUCUGGUUCAUGCGUCUACAUUUCCAGCUCGAUAUAUUUGUCUAUAUGGUUGGGCAACUAUGUUUCCGCACUAGCGGCUCGCUCGUGGAGAAAGCAUGGGAAACGAUUGAAGACGUCUACACUUAUCACUCCGAACUUUUUGAUACGUCGCAGAAGUCGUACUCACAUCUUGCAACAUUCGUCCUCAAGGCAUGGAAGAAACGAGAAGAAGUUCUUCGAAAUCGGCUUGGGCAGGUUCCCGAAACACCUGCUUAUAUUCAGGCGUUGAGAAAUAGCAUGCCUCAAGACGACAUGAAGAGCGAGGAUUCGGGAAGCGAUCUUGCCAGCCUCCGGCCGAUGGAUGCCACUGGCACCGAUGCUAGCUUUGAUCAGUUCGUCCCAUAUCUCGACUUCAACACGCUGGACUUCGACAUGUGGGGCAACAUGGUCCCCGCUACAGGCGCAGGUGUUCAAGGAAUGGCUGCGCAGGCAUUUCCCUUCGGGCCAGGGCCGCAACCAGAGUGGUGA